AUGCAUCCACCUUCGCUCCAGCUCCUUCGAGCCCUUCGAACAUCCAUCUCCCCAAAGGGUGCCAAACCUGCCAUCCCCCUCUGCGCAAACUUGAACCGUUUCCAAUCACCUAUUGCCGUGGCAUUUGCUUCUCCUCACCGCAGCAAUAGCAGCUCUAAUGGCUCUACGCACAUCCGCCCAGCCCGCAUGGUCUCCCGGGCUCACCCAUCGAAACCUCGCACCCACGACCGCGGCCCACCGUCAAAAGAGGACACGCAGACUGAUUUCGCCGCACUGAACGUACUCGGAAACAUUCCGACCCCGACGACUGCUGUUGACGCCUGUCUAGAUACGGGCUUCCAUCUGGACAAUGGCGUCAAGAUUACAGGUGGUGACGGAGUUAUGCUUGUCGGUGGAGAAGCGUUUACAUGGAGGCCUUGGAUGAGUAAGAAGGAUGGGACCAAGAACAACAUGAUCAAUGCAAAGGGACAAUUUGAAGUGGAUGAGCAGGUUUGGGGUAUAUUGGACUUGGUAUGGCCUCGUCCGGGGAUCCGGGUUGAGGUGCUAGAUACAAGAAACGCUGCUGCGCAGUUCAACCUGCUCGCGACCGAGAGGGGAGUUUCUGAAAUUGCGGCUGCGAUGAUACCGAUCGGAUGGAAGGGGAGGUAA